CACGAGUCCAUGUCUCCAUGAGCCUUGUUGCUCGCUAUAAAUUCCCAUCGCGCUCGCGUCUUCCAGUAUAGUCGUCGUCAUAUUUUACCCUGCUUUCCUCUGCCACUCGAUCGCCACGGCUCGCAGGACAAGAGGCCAUAUGGCGCUCGCUCUCGCUCACCUCAUCCUUGCCGCCGCAUUGCCGCUGCUCUUCCUCUCACGUGCAGGUAAACGGUGUAGUUGCAGCUCUGUAUCAACGGCAGUGUGGUGCGUUGUUUUUUUUUGUUUUUCUUUGCUUAUAAUAUAUCGACGUGUAAUUCUUUUGCGUGUUCGCGAAAAAUGUUUUUCUUGCACUGCAGAUGGGGGCGAGGUGGGCGUGUGCUACGGGAGGGAUGGGAAUAAUCUGAUAGAUCCACCGUCCGUGGUUAGCCUUCUCAAGGCAAAGGGUAUCACCAUGGUGAGGAUCUACGACGCCGACCCGACCGUGCUAAACGCGCUGGCCAACCAAAACAUCAAGGUGAUGGUGGCGAUGUCCAAUAGAGAUCUAGUAGCUGGCUCCGCCAAGGAUUUCAAUAGUGCGCUCAGUUGGGUGAAAAACUACGUGUUGCCGUACUACCGUUCCUCACAAAUUAACGGCGUGGCCGUGGGGAACGAGGUGUUUCAGCAAGCACCUGACCUGACCUCACAGCUGGUAUCGGCCAUGAGGAAUGUGCAGGCGGCGCUGGCGAGGCUGGGCCUCGCCGACGCAAUAAAGGUAUCAACACCCAUUAGUUUUGAUUCAGUCAAGGUGUCAUUCCCGCCAUCCGCAGGUGUGUUCCAAGAUAACAUCGCCCAGUCGGUGAUGAGUCCCAUGAUCGACUUCUUGCAACAAACCAACUCCUAUCUCAUGGUUAAUUUCUACCCAUAUAUUGCCUGGGCUAAUUCUAAUGGCCAAAUCUCUCGUGAUUAUGCUGUAUUUGGCCCCAACGCCUCUCCUGUGGUCGAUCAAGCAAGUGGCAUCACAUACCAUAGCCUCUUUGAUGCUCAGCUAGAUGCUGUUUACUUCGCUAUAGACCAUGUUUCAGGUGGUAGUGUGAGAGUCUCAAUGGCCCAAGCAAGACGGGGGCGCCCGUCUCCAAGGAUACCCGUGAAAUGUUCAGAAUGUGGGCAUCCCUCUGGUGGUCGGCUCCCUCAGUUGUCCACACUAGAUGAUGUUCAAGUAGACGUGGCUACAAAAGCCAACGCCCAAGCUUUUAACAAUGGUCUUAUCAGUCGUGCACUAUUCGGAGCCACCGGUAUGCCUGAUGUCUCCGUAUACAUCUUUGCUCUUUUCAACGAGAAUUUGAAGGGCGGAGCAUCUGUAGAACAAAACUUUGGCUUAUUCUACCCAGACGGGACGGAGGUUUACCAAGUUGACUUUCACAAUGGUGGUGGUGGUAAUGUUUGCCCUACAAAAGCAAGUUGGUGUGUGGCAAAUUCAGCAGUUGGGAGCACCCGGCUGCAAGCAGCGUUGGAUUGGGCUUGCAGUAAUGGUGCAGAUUGUGGUGCUAUCCAACCAGGCAAGACAUGCUUUGCACCAAACACCUUGGUCGCACACGCAUCUUACGCGUUUAAUGACUACUACCAACGUAAGAGCCAAGCUAGCGGUACAUGUGACUUCUCUGGUGCUGCUUUUAUUGUCUACAAGCCUUCACCAAGUAUCUGCGACCCGAACCCAAGCUGGUGCAUUGCGAAACCGGAGGUUGGGGACACACGUUUGCAGAAUGCGCUAGACUAUGCAUGCGGUAGCUGCGCAGAUUGCAGCGCUAUCCAGCGUGGUGCGCAAUGCUUUGACCCUGACACCAAGGUAGCGCAUGCAACCUAUGCAUUCAACGACUAUUAUCAGACUACCGGUCGUGCCAGUGGGUCAUGUGAUUUUAACGGCGCUGCUACCAUUGUCACACAACAACCAAAGAUUGGAAACUGCGUACUCUCACCAAACAACUCUUGAAUGUACAGAAGACUCGGCAGUAAGAGGAUGGGAUUGAAGAAUAAGUCCAUAUUCUCUAAGAAAGGAAUAAGUCCAUAUUAUGGUCAAAUAAAAAUAAGGACGACAUUGUAUGUAUUCCGGUUUGGAAUUUUAAGUAAGUAAUAAAUGUAUCGUUCACUCGUGUUGAAAUGAAUAAGAAACUUAAUUACUCUAUGAAAUUCCCAGUUAAACAUUAA